UCACUCUCGAUGCUUUCCGCUGUGCGCUUCGGCAGAAUUGAUAUAGUUUUUUUUUUUUUCUCCCCCUUUGUUGCGUUUCAUUGCAUUUAUUUAGAAAUCUGGUGGAUCUGAAAAGGGCGCACCGCCGUGUUGGUGUUAAUCGUUAAAGGUGAAUAGCAGUGAUAAUCACCGGGGCAGUCGGAUGGCUCACCGCGGACAGUCCGGGGCCGGCUCUCAGAAGACCCUCAUGUUGGAGAUGAAGAAUCUGCAGGAAGAGCCAGUCGAGGGCUUCAGGAUCACUUUAGUGGACGAAGCGGAUUUAUACAACUGGGAAGUGGCAAUCUUCGGACCCCCAAACACUCACUACGAGGGCGGGUAUUUUAAGGCUCGUAUUAAAUUCCCCGUUGACUACCCCUACUCUCCACCAGCUUUCAGAUUCCUGACCAAGAUGUGGCAUCCCAACAUCUAUGAGAACGGCGACGUGUGCAUCUCCAUCCUCCACCCCCCUGUGGACGACCCUCAGAGCGGAGAGCUGGCUUCGGAGAGGUGGAACCCCACCCAGAACGUCAGGACCAUCCUGCUCAGCGUGAUCUCCCUCCUCAACGAGCCCAACACCUUCUCCCCGGCCAACGUGGACGCCUCCGUCAUGUACAGGAAGUGGAGGGACAGCAAGGGGAAGGACCGGGAAUACGCGGAAAUUAUCAGGAAGCAGGUCCUGGCGACGAAGGCGGAGGCAGAGCGUGACGGGGUGAAGGUCCCCACCACGCUGGCAGAGUACUGCGUGCAGACGAAGGCGCCAGCGCUGGACGAGGGCUCGGAUCUCUUCUACGACGACUAUUACGACGACGAGAUGGACGAGGACGAGGAGGACUGCUGCUAUGUGGAGGACGACUCUGGAACGGAGGAGUCGUGAUGCCGGACGCGCUUAGAAUAAAGAAUGAACUGAAAUGGACAGACUCGUGUGCAAAAAAAAGCAACUUCUUUUUUUUUUUUUUUUUUUUUUUUAUUUUAAAAGGAAACGACAAAUUUGGAUUUCAAAACGCAAACCAGUUUUAUUAUUUAGUUGAUUUUUUUUCACCUCCUCCCCGCUCCUCCUUUGUCGGUUCUUUUAAGUUGCUUUAAGCUCGUGCCUGGGUGACCCAAGGCUGUGAAACGUCCUUUUUAUAAAUGAUGUGAGAUUUCUUUUUUCGUUGCUGCAGUGCUCUCUUCGCAUCGUCGUGGGAGUCUGGCGAUAGCUGCCACACAUUCAGCCCGUUUAAUUGCUAGGUGGUCCACAGCAAAGCCACUAAAUACUGAGUGGUACGUGGGGCUUCACCUUUUUUAUCCUUCAGACUGUAAGCUUUUAUAUGGGGGUGCUGUCUUGAGUUCGGUUUCUGUUUAAAUAGUUUUUGUGCGUGGAUUUUGGGGGUACGGAGAUGGAAUAACCCUCAUGCCCUUCGGAGCUUGGUCUGGGUGCAGUGGGGUACAUUUUGGGAUUUGACGACCUGGCUUUUUCCAGUUGAACCUGUCUGACUUCUUCUUUUGUAAAUAAGUGACUAUUAGAAGUUGCGUGCUUGGGUGUGUGUGAAAGGGGGAUCAUGUUUACUUCUCUGAGAAAUCAUCCUUCGUAUUUCUUUGUUCUUCUCUCCCCUCCUGCCCUGAACACAGUUAGAUUUGCUUCACUUGCAGUGAAAACAGUUACAUUAAGAAUUCCUCAAAUAAUUUCCUGGUUUUUAGCAAAUAACUGACCUCGGUACAAGUAACUAACAUCUCAUAAUAAUAAUUAUUAUUCUAAUAAUGAGGCCAUGUGUGUUGGGAGCAGCUAAUAGCCUAACAUCUGUGCCCUGGUGUUGAAGGUCUGCUGAACCUCUGGGAUAAUCCUGUAAUGACUGCAAACGAGCUCACUUUAUAAUCCAGUAGAGUUCUGUGCUCCUCCUUCAUAACUAUCAAUAGAGAGAAAGUUAAGGGUAGCUAUAACAUUCAUUCAGGUUGUUGACCCCCCAGGGGCUCAUGGUGACCCUGCCCCUUGAAACACAAAACCCAAACGCUACCUCCUGCUUGCUGUACUUUCACUCGGGAGGAGCGGACACCAGCUCAUAGUUCAAACACAGCUUGACUUUCUAAACCCUUCAACACUUGAAGGCUGUUUGAAUUGAACCCUGUUGCUGUCUGUGGAAAUGACGUGCUUGGGGACUGUAUUAUUAUUAUUAUUAUUAUUAUUAUUAUUAUUAUCAUCAUUUAACAUGCAGGUUCAUCAGAGUUCACUCUAAGGUGCAUGGCUCACCUGUUCAGGUGUUCACCUCUUUUAAAAUCAGGUUUGACUUCAUAACCUACGUGAAGUUCAUGGUGGUCUCUCUCUCUGUGUGAGUGAGCCUGGUCCAGCGUACCGAACAGAACUGCAUUGGUGAACUAUUGGUCAGCUUGAGAAAUAUCACGUGCGAAUCCUGCAGGAUGUGUUGUCAAGCUGCUAUCUGGAAGAAUUGUAUUAAUAAUAAUAAUAAUAAUAAUAAUAAUAAUAAUAAUAUAGGUUAGGUUUCUUGAGCAUUGAACUGUACCUCCCUCACAGAACAUGGACAUGUAAUUGCUAAACUAAACGUGUUUUUAUAAAUCUUACGAACACAGUGCUCCCUUGUUUUUAUUUUGCUAUUCACGAAUUUGGAGUAUUCACUGUUGGGCCCAUGUUCCAUUACAGUAAAUUGUAAAGAGAAAAAACAAACCAUAGAAAUCCUUUUUUCCUGUGCGUGUGACUCGGAUCUAGAGAGCAGCUCUUUCCAGUAAGCUGCUGCUUGUCACGGUUGUAUGAAGACUUUUUGAAUACUUUUUGAAUGUGCUGGGGCUAGCGUGGUUGUGUGUGUAUUGUAAAGUUGUGAGUGCACUGUGCUGGUUCACAGCAUUGGGUGCUGCUUUUUUUUUUUUUUUUUUUUGUAAUAAACAUAUGGACAAAACACACAAUAACUGUAUUUAAAAUCAGAGAGCUGGCAACACAAUUCAGUGCCCCCAGUUUAUUUAAAGGGGUGUGUUUUUUUCACUUCAAUCACUUUUUAGGGGUGUUUGGUAUUAGGACUUGCUAAGCUGUAUCAUGCUAUGAUUUAUAUAUAUGUUUUGUUUUCAAUACCAUGACCAGUGUAUCCAGCUGCAAGUACUGAUCUGCUGUGAGGGUUUAUAUGAUUCUCAGGAUGAACAACGUGUGGUUUUUUUGUUUUUUUGUUUUUUUUAAAUGUAUAAACGUCGCGUACAUGUAAGUGGCAGGCAGAGCUCUGACCUCUUUCUUAAACUUGCAUGUUUACAUGUAUCUGCAGGUUUGGGGGUCAGUUUCAUACAUUUA